ACAGCUCCUGUUUUGAGAGUAAAGAACAUUAAAAAAAACAAAACUAGAAUUGUGCUAUUGCCACUAUUUUUCCUUGGUGAAAUAUUGAAACGUGUAGUUCUCCAAUACUGUAAGAUUCAGCCUCUUUGUCUCUCUGACAGCGCCUGAAAUUUUGCGUAAUAAACAGGCCAGAACAAUUUUAUGAAGUUGUGGGAAAGACCAUUUCACGGACAUUAGACUUGGACAGAAGGGUGAAGGGAAGACCAUACUGUCUCUCUAUGACAAAAAGCAGACUCCGCAGCUCCAGGCGGUGAAUUCCGAUGCCGCUCACGGCUGAGUGUCACCGUCGGCGUCAAUGGAACAAAAAGCGCCCGGCAGCGCUCCAGCCCCGGGCCAGUCCUUGCGCUGUCUCCGUCCCCCUCCCCCUGUCUCUGCGGCUGAUGGGCCGGCCCGGCAGGGGGCGGGGCCAGCAGGUGCCUUCAUGAAUAACUUGAACGAGCCUCCCCACUGGAACAUCCUGCCCAAUCGGCGCGGUCCCGGCGAUGACGGCAGCCGCUGGAAUUACGCCCUGCUGGUCCCCAUGCUGGGCCUGGCCGCCUUCCGUUGGAUCUGGACCAGAGAAUGUCAGAAAGAAAUAGAAAAAGAAAAACAGGAGUACUACAGAAAAGAGUCAACUUUACAGAAAGACCUGGAAGGCAAAUACCGGGAUAUAAUCACGGAGAAUCGUCGGGCUGUUGCUCAUCUGGAGGUGGAGCUGGAAAAGGAGCGCAACAGGACCCUGAGUUACCGUGAAGCCCUCGUGUCCCAGAGCCGCAAACUGGUAGAAGAGAGGAAGCUCCUAGAACAGCAGCAGGAGAAGUUAGAGCAAGAAAAGCAAGUCCUUUUGCACUCUGGAGCAGAAGGUACCUUGUACCAGAGUUGCCUGGCAAAGGAAGAAGAGUGGCAACAGAGAGCCAAUAUUUUACUAAAAGAAUUUGAAGAGGGACUGAAGGAAAGACAGGACAUCUACUGCAGUCUUAUUGUACCCAGAAGUCAGAGACUAGAAAUAGAGAAAAAUCUGCUAGUUAAAGCAGCAACUAAUCCUGUUGCUAUGGCUUUAGAUAUGGAGAGUGGCUUAAAAGAUAUUUUCAAACAUGAUAACUACUGUGGCAAUGUGCUGAACAGAACCAGAAGUCAAAAUGGAAAGCUUAUGUGGCUAUAUCUGCGAUACUGGGAACUGGCUGUUGAACUGCAGAAAUUCAAGAGGGUGGAAAAGGCCAUGUUGGAAAAACGCUAGGUAGGGGAAGCAGUGGGAUUCCAUGUGAUCCACAGUGCAUGGUAGGGACAAUCACAGUUGUAGUCCGAAGCUGUUAAAUUCUUCUGCUGUGUUGCCAUCUCUCCUCCUCCUUGCACUUGUAUUUGCAUGGGACAUGUGCAGUGCUGGUGCCUUUCACUAACACCACGUGCUCUGGUGUGCUGUGCAUGCUCCUAAGCUCUGUGAGUGUGUUUGUGUUGCAGUAUAGAGAUACACCAACUCCCCAGGUAUCAGAAGCAGCAGAACAGAACUCUGUACAGGGAUUUGCCUCGUUGGUGGUCACACUCCAGCAACAGAGAAUGGUCGUUUGUCUCCCCCAGGUGUGGCAGCACAUUGUGCUCCUUAUCCCUGACAUUGUACAUGGUGUCUCAACAUUGUCUUUUCUUAUUGCUAUUAUUUUUUAAACAUUUGUUUAAGCAAGACUGAUUUUGAGGCAGAUGUUGGGAGAGAUGGUGUUGGAGCCAGCUGCUUGACACAUAAAUCCUUUGUAUGUACAAUUAUAUAAAUAUAUAUAUGUGUGAGUGUAUGUGUGCGU